GGACAUGGCGGUGGCGGUGGCGGUGCUCCCGCGGCUCGCGGUCGCCUUCCUCCUGCUGGCGUCCCAGGUGUCCUGUGAGUAUGGCAUGGUGCACGUGGUCUCCGAGCAGGGCGGCACCCAGGGCAAGGACUACUGCGUGCUCUACAACCCACAGUGGGCACACCUGCCCCAGGACCUUGCCAAAGCUCCUCUCCUGCCACUGAAGGACUGGUCAGCCUCACUGCUCUGCUCGCCGGCCGACCUCCCAUCACAAGGCUUCAGCAACCAGAUCCCACUGGUGUCUCGUGGCAAUUGCACCUUCUAUGAGAAAGUGAGGCUGGCUCAGGGCAGCGGGGCCCGUGGGCUGCUCAUCGUCAGCAAAGAGGCGCUGGUCCCACCCGGAGGAAACAAGUCCCAGUACGAUGAGAUCGGCAUCCCGGUGGCCCUGCUCAGCCACAAGGACAAGUUGGACAUUUUCAAGAAUUUCGGGCAGUCUGUGCGGGCGGCACUGUAUGCGCCCAGUGAGCCCAUGCUGGACUACAACAUGAUCAUCAUCUUCGUCAUGGCUGUGGGCACUGUGGCUCUCGGUGGCUACUGGGCAGGGAGCCGCGACGUCAAGAAGCGGUACUUGAAGCACAAACGGGACGAUGGGCCAGAGAAGCAAGAAGACGAGGCGGUGGACGUGACACCCCUCAUGAUCUGCGUGUUCGUGGUCAUGUGCUGCUGCAUGCUGGUGCUGCUCUACUACUUCUAUGACCAACUGGUUUAUGUCAUCAUCGGCACCUUCUGCCUGGCAUCCUCCACCGGCCUCUACAGCUGCCUGGCACCCCUCGUGCAGCGACUGCCCUUCUGCAAGUGUCGGGUGCCCAGCAACGGCCUGCCCUACUUCCACCAGCGCCCGCAGGUGCGUCUGCUGCUGCUGGCCCUGCUCUGCGUCGCUGUGAGCGUGUUGUGGGCCGUGUACCGCAAUGAGGACCAGUGGGCCUGGAUUCUACAGGACGCCCUGGGCAUUGCCUUCUGCCUGUACAUGCUCAAGACCAUUCGCCUCCCCACGUUCAAGGCCUGCACGCUGCUGCUGAUGGUGCUCUUCUUCUACGACGUCUUCUUCGUAUUCAUCACGCCCUUCCUAACCAAGAGCGGUAACAGCAUCAUGGUGGAAGUGGCUACUGGGCCCGCUGACUCUGCCACCCACGAGAAGCUCCCCAUGGUUCUGAAAGUUCCCCGGCUCAACACUUCGCCACUGGCCCUGUGUGACCGGCCCUUCUCCCUCCUGGGCUUUGGGGACAUCCUGGUUCCAGGGCUGCUGGUUGCCUACUGCCAUAGGUUCGACAUCCAGGUCCAGUCCUCGCGGCUCUACUUUGUGGCCUGCACCGUCGCGUACGGCAUCGGCCUCCUGGUGACCUUCAUGGCACUGGCCCUCAUGCAGCGUGGCCAGCCUGCCCUUCUCUAUCUGGUGCCUUGCACUCUGACCACCAGCUGUGCCCUAGCACUGUGGCGGCGGGAGCUGAGCAUGUUCUGGGCAGGCAGCGGCUUUGCGAAGGACCUACCUCAGUCCACCUGCGUAGCGGCUCCCACCCCUGGGGGUACCCUGCCCCCCAAAGAUUCCGACAACGGGCCCUCGUCCCAGCAGCCUGCAGAAGAGGAGCCGGUCAUGCCACCCUCGGGACAGGCCUCGCCCCAGGAACCUGAGCAGCCAGAGGACAGCACCACAGCCCAGCAUCCCCCUACACCCACAGACCAGCCUGGCACCUCGGCCUAGGGAAGGGCCUACAGACUGUUGGGCUUAGGCCCACCCCUGAGAGAGGGGCUCCUCGCAGGAAAACGCGAACUGGAACUGCCCGGCCCCCCAACUUGGUGCUCGCUCUGAUGGAUGCUUGCCUGGUCCUCACCUUGCUGCCCCCUCUGCUUGCCCCGCCCCACCCUCCUGAUUGGCUCUCCACCCAUCUGUCCAUCUAAUUAGCCAUGCCCACUUUAAUC